UUAUGAUAGACUUUUGAAACUACAAGAAGAUAGGGAGGACUUUUACAAAAAAGUAAUAGAGAUUUUUGUCCAGAAGGACAGGCAAAUGGACUUCAUCUUCAAGUCAAGCCGCAGUUCCUGGUGUAUGCACGCAGUGAGCAGCCUGUUGCUGAGGGCCCGAGAGGAAUAAAGGUAUUUCAUAAAGCAUUUAUUGUUCCUGCACUACAAAGAUGAAGAAGAAAACAGUACGUUUGGCCCUGGCCGUGCUGCUGUUAGUGUCAGUCGCCACAUUCUAUGGUAUGGGGAAAAGGAAGAUACCGGCUGAGCAUGUAUACCAGAAGGCAGCGGUGGCAGCAGACGCUGGGCCGUGUUCAGAGGUCGGCAGAGACAUACUGAUGAAAGGGGGCUCUGCAGUAGAUGCCUCUAUAGCUGCUUUACUGUGUGUUGGACUUAUGAACGCUCACAGUAUGGGCAUCGGAGGAGGACUCUUCCUAAUCAUCUACAACGCCACAACUGGACUGGUUGAGACGAUUGACGCCAGGGAGACGGCUCCACGCAAUGCAACGCAGGACAUGUUUGGGAACAGUAUAGAUUUAUCCCAGGAGGGAGGGUUGUCUGUUGCUGUACCUGGAGAGAUUCGAGGUUAUGAAAUGGCGCACAAACGACACGGCAUACUGCCUUGGAGGGACUUGUUCCAGCCGAGCAUUGCUCUUGCAGUAAAUGGUUUUCCUUUGGGCAGGGCACUAGCCUCUGCUCUGUCCAGCAAAAGGGAAACCAUCAGAAUUGACACAGCUCUUUGUGAAGUGUUUUGUGGGGGAAAUGGUGACAUCCUGAAAGAGAAUGACACCAUCAAAUUUACCAAGCUUGGAGAAACGUACAGGAAAAUAGCAGAGGAGGGUCCUAAUGCUUUCUACCAUGGACCACUGGCCCAGAGCCUUGUGGAUGAUAUUCAGGCAGCAGGCGGCAUCAUCACAAUGGAGGAUCUGAAGGAUUAUGCGCCGGUCUUGGACGAGAACCCUUUAAGAGUGGAUCUGGGGGAGUACAACAUGGCUGUUCCCAAUGUCCCCGCUAGCGGCCCUGUGCUCUCACUGAUAUUAAACAUCUUGAAAGGGUACAACUUCACCGCAGAAAGCGUGUCAAGCACAGAGAAGAAGAUCCUAACCUACCAUCGCAUCGUGGAGGCUUUUCGUUUUGCGUAUGCAAAGAGGACCUCACUUGGGGAUCCAAAGUUUCUCAACAUCACAGAUCUCAUCAAGAAUAUGACUUCAAGUUCUUAUGCCUAUGACCUCCGUGAGAAGAUCACAGAUGACACCACACACCACAUGAACUAUUACGAGCCAGAGUUUUACAUUCCUGAUGACCACGGGACCGCUCACCUCUCGGUGAUCGCAGAAGAUGGAAGCGCUGUGGCCGCCACCAGCACCAUCAACCUAUCUUUGGGCUCCAAGGUAAUGUCAAGAUCAACAGGGAUAUUUCUCAACAAUGAGAUGGACGACUUCAGCUCUCCGCUCAUCACAAACUUCUUCGGAGUGCCUCCUUCACCCAACAACUUCAUCAGACCAGGAAAAAGGCCAAUGUCUUCCAUGUGUCCGGCUAUCCUCUUUGACAAAAACAACAAAGUUAAGAUGGUGGUUGGAGGCUCAGGAGGAACGAAAAUCACAACUUCUAUCGCUCAGGUGAUUCUAAAUGCACUGUUCUUUGACUAUGAUCUGAAAAAAGCUGUGUCGGGGCCGAGGCUCCACAACCAGCUGGAUCCCAACGCCACUGAAGCAGAACCAGACUUUGACAAAAACGUCCUGGAAGGUUUGGCAUUGAAGAACCACAAGAUAAAGUACCUGAAAUCGACAAUAGCUGUGGUGCAGGCGGUGGUUCGCUAUGAAGACGGACUCCACGCUCAGUCAGAUUCUCGCAAGUGGGCGUACGCCGCCGGGUACUGAGGUCAUAAAGUCACCACUGAUUAUGCACGGAGCCUGUAGCGGCAUGAACUUUGACACCAGUUCUACGAGCUGAGAGAUUAGAGACUUAAUAAAGAACAAGGAAACAACAGA